AUGGCUUCCUCCAACGGCGAAAUGUCCCUCUCUCCCGCCGCCGCCGGUCCCGCUCCUCGAGGGGAGUCGCCCACCGGUUCGCCCCGUCGGUUGUCAACCUCGCUGCAAGCUGCGGCCACUAUGAACGCCGGUCUCCAGCACGAGCCGUCUCGACGCUCCUCUAGCGGUUCUCUCUCCCGUAGCCGACAAUCCCCCAACGCCGGCCGAAGACGAUCCACGGUUCUGAUGAACUUGCAACUCAACGACCCUACUCUUCCCGGUCCUGGAGAGAUGGUCGCAGAUAAUCAACAUGCUCAGUCUGGAGGCGCCACGAACGCCAGUCCGCAGCCCAUGGCGAUCUCGCCGAUGAUUGUUCCCGGCGGUGAUCCUCACCACAACCGAGCUCCCAGUCUGGGUGAACUCCACCAGGAGCUCGAGGCUGAGCAGGAAGCGCAAGUCAACCGACUUUUGCAAAUGAUCCGUCAUCAACAGUUGCAACUCCAGCAGCUGCAAGCUUCCCAGGGACAAAACUCCUCCGCCGUUGAGGAUUCUGCCAUUGCAUCCGAGAGAUCCAAUCAAGGAACACCGAUUUCGCAGCCGAGCAGCAUUCUGCCUCCGUCAGGUUUUACGCCACUGCCAUCUUCUGGCUCAUUCUCGAGAUCACCCGUGAUGCCUCACCCCCGUAGCUCGUUCGAUAUGGCGAGAGCAGACCUCCAGCGCCGGUCCAGAACCUCCAGUCGCGGUGCUUCCCCGAGAUUGCGGUCGACGUCUAUAAGCGGCGAUAGUGGUGAUCACUGGGUUCUCGGCGGCCGAGACGAGAGCGCCUUCUAUCAGGCAGAGACCCAAAUGCUUGUUAGGGAGAACCAGAUGCUGCGCCACCGGAUUCGUGACUUGGUAGAGAAACAAUUGACAGAUCUGCUCUCCGGCACAACUAGCCAUGGAAACCCCAGCGAGCCAGUCAACCCGUCCCAUCUCCGAGCCGCGGCCGUUGAGGAGGACGACAGCAUUACUGCUCGCGUUACGCCCUCGAUCACUGCGGGUUCUGGCGAGGCUGCAAAGGAGGCGUGA